UAGUGGGAUUGUGACUGGGGCAGCAGGUGCUGAGUGGGGGACUCUUGUUGUUCUAGAUGCCGGUGACCUUUGAGGAGGUGGCUGUGUAUUUCAUCCAGGGGCAGGGGACUCUCCUGGACCCCGCUCAGAGAGCCCUCUACAGGGACGUCAUGCAGGAGAACUACGAGACGGUGAACUCGCUGGCAGGUGAAGGGAUGGUGAGUGAGAAUGAAGAGGAGAAUCUCCAGUAGGGAACUCCUAAGCAAGUGGAGCUGCAUGGGACGUUAUCAGGAAGAUCUAAAUGGAACGGUUCCUGGAGCAUUGACCAGGGAACAUCCCAUAAGAGUCAUUGCAGGUCAGAGAGACAUCAGAGAAACCAAUUGUGAAAGGAAGUAAUUAAAUCCCUUAUUUGUGGGGAAAAGUGCAAAGACCUCAAGGAAACCACAGCCCGGCAGAGAAUCCACACACACGAGUGGAAAAAACCACAUGCACAACGCACAGCAAAAGCUUCAGUUCAGUGUGGAAAAAGAUUUAGUGACAACUCGCACCUUAUGGGACAUCAAAGGAUUCACAGAGGAGAGACCCUAUAAAUGCACUGACUCUGGGAGUUAGUUUAGCGACAGAAGCAUACUUUAUUAUGCAUCAGAGAACCCCCACAAAGGAGAGAAGCCCUACAAAUGACUUUACUGUGAGACACUUUUUUUCAGAUCUCACAUCUUAUUUCACAUCACAGAAUCCACACAGGAGAUAAACCAUAUAGGCCUGUGGGAAAAAUUUCAGUCGGAGAUCAAACCUAGUUUGAUAUCAGAGAGUCCAUACAGGAGAGACACCCUAUAAAUGCACUGAGUGUGGGAAGGAAUUUAGUGAUAAAAUCAUGCCUUAUGGGACAUCUGAGAACCCACACAGGAGAUAAACCCUAUAAAUACCUUGACAGUGGGAAAAGCUUUAGUGACAACUCACAACUUAUUACACAUCAAAGCGCACACAUGGGUGAGAGUCCCUAUAAAUGCCUUGACUGUGGGAAAAUAUUCCUUCAAAGCUACAAUCUUCUCGUGCACCAGCGAAUCCAUACAGGGGAAACGCCCUAUAAAUGCCCCGAUUGUGGGAAAGGCUUCAAUCGAAGUGCAAACCUUACUAGACACCAGAGAAUCCACAUAGGAGGAAAAGUGCGUACCAGCCUCGACUCUGGGGAAAAGGUUAGUGAUAAUUCACAACUUACUACACAUCACAGAAGCCACACAGGAGUGAAACCCUAUGUAUGCAAGGACUGUGGGAACAGUUUCAUUCAGAGCUCAGAUCUUAUUGUGCAUCAGAGAGUUCAUACGGGAGAAACACCCUAUAAAUGCCCCGACUGUGGGAAAAACUUCACUCGAAGUUCAACCCUUACUAGACAUCAGAGAACCCACAGAGGGGAAAAAACCCAUAAAUGCCUGGACUGUGGGAAAAGUUUCAUUCAGAGCUCAGAUCUAAUUGUGCAUCAGAGAAGUCAUACAGGAGAAACGCCCUAUAAAUGCUCUGACUGUGGGAAAUAUUUCACUCGGAGUUCCAACCUUACUCGACAUCAGAGAAUCCACACGGGAGAAAAACCCCAUACGUGCCUGGAGUGUGGGAAAAGUUUCAUUCAGAGCUCAGAUCUUCUUGCGCAUCAGAGAAUCCACGUGAGAGGGGAAAAACCAUAAAAGCCUCCACUUGUGAGCAAACGUUUAGUAACAAGUCACAUCUUACCACACACUGGAUGACCGAUGUUGGAGAAAGCCCUUAUUAAUCCCUGGAUUGUGGGAAAAGUUUCCGUCAGAGUUCAGUUCAUAUUUCACAUUAAAGGAUCCACAUGGUAGAGCGACCAUAUACAUA